AGGCUACAAGACAACUUCCCGUUUCUUUCACAGCUUUAAAUGCUUAAAAUUUCCGGAGACUGUCGCCAGUAAUUGUUGAUGUCUAGGUAAGGUAAAAAGUAUUUUUAUUACUGAAAAGUUGAAGUAUCAGCACCGAUUCUUUUGGAUAUUUCUAUUUCAACCUUUAUUGCCUUAUUGUUCUAAGAUAUUGAAAGCAAACAUUUAAAUAUGGAACAAAAUUCUAAGAUGCCUACAAGAGCGGGCUCUUCUUUAAAAACGUCACAAUCAAUACCUUCACAAUCAACUGCUACGGUUCAAACUCAUGAUCAAGGCUUAAUUCAGAAACGUUUUGUAUUCAAUGAACCGCUCAAAUUUUAUAAAACAAAAGACAUGAGAGAACAUGAAGAAAAGUCAAAAAUGGCCGUAAAAACAUUCUGGGAAAAUUUAAACAACAGGCCUCAAAAAAAAUAUUCCAAUUCGAAAGUCUCUAGUCGAUCGUCACCUUCUGUUUUACCUGCAGGGACAACAUCUACAGAAUCGAAUUUACAAUCAGCUGUUAUAAAAACUAUUGUUCAGCCUUUAGCCUCUGAUCGACCGACAGUACCGCUAAACUCUACUCGAUACAUAGAUACAGCAUUUGCAAAAUCGGCGACUUCAAAAUCAACUUCUUUUCAAUCAGCAAAGACAACCACUACGCAAAAAUUAGCGCAUAACAAUAAAAACAAGCCUACCAAAGUUCUAGAAGACUUGAGUUAUGCGACAGCCGAUGUUCAAUAUAAAGAACCACUUAAAUUUUAUAAAACAAAAGAUAUGAGAGAGCAUAAAGAAAAAUCAAAUCAGGUAAAGAAAUACCUGUUCGGUCAACGGAACAAGUAAAUAGAGCUUCAAUGUUCGGAAAUGAUAAAGCGAUCGACCAUAGCAAUAAGGAAUCUUCAUCAAAACCUACAAGCAAAGCACUAAUACAUGUGAAUGAAAAUAGAGUAACAUCAGUUAAAUUUACAGAAUCGUAUGCAUCAAGUAGCGGUUCAACUGUGCAAAGGCCGAUGGAAAUAUCCUUACUCGAUACGGACCAUCAAUUGGCAAAAGUUUCCAAUAAGCGUAAACAUUCUGGAGAUGGAGAAAUCGGCAACAAUAAAUUAAUUAAGAUUGCUAUUC